GGAAAAACAGACUCUCCGAGCCGCACAUGGGAAGACGGAUUCUCAGACAAGGCUUGCGAAUGCCCCGCAGCCAUCAUUUAACUACGCCCGCAGAGCAGUUACGGUUUGUCACGCGACCCUCCCGGAUCGCCUCAUUUGUCCCUAGUGAGACCCCGAGGCUCUGCCCGCGCCAGGUUUCUUGGUAGCUGGAUGCAUAACGUGCUCCGGGCAGCGCGGGCGCAGGGCACGCGUUUGCGCACACCCGCGCACACAUGAACACGCGCAAGACUAAUUUUCUGGAGUUUCUGCCCCUGCUCUGCGUCAGCCCUCACGUCACUUCGCCAGCAGUAGCAGAGGCGGCGGCGGCGGCGGCGGCGGCGGCUCCCGGAAUUGGGUUGGAGCCGGAGCCUCGCUCGCUCCUUCGCUCGCGCUCUCCGCGCUCGGUGCCCGGCGGCCGCAGGAGCCUGGACCCAGGCGCCGCCAGCUGGCGUGAGGCGCCGGAGCCCGGCCUCGAGGUGUGUACCGGAUCCCUGGGCGCCUCUAGCCAGAAGCCUGCGCCUCAGAGAGUCCCGGGCAGCGCCCGGCGCGCCGGGCCAUGCUGCGACGGCCGCGGCCGAGCUCGGAGCGGCGGUAGCGCCCCCUGGGAAGCGGCCCGCGAUGCCCCGGCCGCUGUGAACUGUGCAGCCCGCCCGAACACGCUCCGCCCGGGACCGGCUCAGCCUCCGACACGCUGGACUCUGAGCGGCCGCGACAAGCAGCGAAGAGUCGAGAGAGCUGCAAACGCGGGGAAGGCCUCCCCGCACAGGUGGGGGAAGCCGGCCGGCCGGUGCAGCGCGGCGACACACUCUCCGGCUGGCGCUGGCGGCUAAGGAUGUCGUCCUGGACGAGGUGGCGUGGACCCGCCAUGGCGCGGCUUUGGGGCUUGUGCUGGCUGGUUGCGGGCUUCUGGAGGGCCGCUCUCGCCUGUCCCACGUCCUGCACAUGCAGCGUCUCUCGGAUCUGGUGCAGCGACCCUUCUCCUGGCAUCGUGGCAUUUCCGAGGCUGGAGCCUCACCUUGCAGACCCUGAGAACAUCACGGAAAUUUUCAUUGCAAAUCAGAAAAGGUUAGAAAUCAUCAAUGAAGAUGAUGUUGAAGAUUACGUGGGACUAAAAAAUCUGACAAUUGUGGAUUCUGGAUUAAAAUUUGUGGCUCAUAAAGCAUUUCUCAAAAACAGCAACCUGCAGUACAUCAAUUUUACCCGAAAUAAACUGACGAGUUUGUCUAGGAAACAUUUCCGUCACCUUGACUUGUCUGAGCUGAUCCUGGUGGGCAAUCCGUUUACAUGCUCCUGUGACAUUAUGUGGAUCAAGGCUCUCCAAGAGAGUAAAUCCAGUCCAGAAACUCAGGAUUUGUACUGCCUGAAUGAAAGCAGCAAGAAUAUUCCCCUGGCAAAUCUGCAGAUACCCAAUUGUGGUAUGCCGUCUGCAAGCUUGGUUGCACCUAACCUCACCGUGGAGGAGGGAAAGUCUAUCACGUUAUCUUGUAGUGUGGCAGGCGAUCCAGUUCCAAUUAUGUACUGGGAUGUUGGUAAUCUGGUUUCCAAACAUAUGAAUGAAACAAGCAACACACAGGGCUCCUUAAGGAUAACUAACAUUUCAUCUGAUGACAGUGGAAAGCAAAUCUCUUGUGUGGCAGAAAAUCUUGUAGGAGAAGAUCAAGAUUCUGUCAACCUCACUGUGCAUUUUGCACCAACUAUCACAUUUCUCGAAUCUCCAACCUCAGACCACCACUGGUGCAUUCCAUUCACUGUGAAAGGCAACCCCAAACCAGCGCUUCAGUGGUUCUAUAACGGGGCGAUCUUGAAUGAGUCCAAAUACAUCUGUACUAAAAUACAUGUUACCAAUCACACGGAGUACCACGGCUGCCUCCAGCUGGAUAAUCCCACUCACAUGAACAACGGGGACUACACGCUAAUAGCCAAGAAUGAGUAUGGGAAGGACGAGAAACAGAUUUCUGCUCACUUCAUGGGCUGGCCUGGAAUUGAUGAUGGUGCAAACCCGAAUUAUCCUGAUGUAAUUUAUGAAGAUUAUGGGACUGCAGCAAAUGACAUCGGGGACACCACCAACAGAAGUAACGAUAUCCCUUCCACUGGUGUUGCUGACACACCUGGUCGGGAACAUCUCUCGGUCUAUGCUGUCGUGGUAAUUGCAUCUGUGGUGGGAUUUUGUCUGCUGGUAAUGCUAUUUCUGCUUAAGUUGGCAAGACACUCCAAGUUUGGCAUGAAAGGCCCAGCUUCAGUUAUCAGCAAUGACGACGACUCUGCCAGCCCACUGCACCACAUCUCCAAUGGGAGUAACACCCCGUCUUCUUCAGAGGGUGGCCCCGAUGCCGUUAUUAUUGGAAUGACCAAGAUCCCUGUCAUUGAAAAUCCCCAGUACUUUGGCAUCACCAACAGUCAGCUCAAGCCAGACACAUUUGUUCAGCACAUCAAGCGACAUAACAUUGUUCUGAAAAGGGAGCUAGGCGAAGGAGCCUUUGGAAAAGUUUUCCUAGCUGAAUGCUAUAACCUCUGUCCUGAGCAGGACAAGAUCUUGGUGGCAGUGAAGACGCUGAAGGACGCCAGCGACAACGCACGUAAGGACUUCCACCGCGAGGCCGAGCUGCUGACCAACCUCCAACACGAGCACAUCGUCAAGUUCUAUGGCGUCUGCGUGGAGGGCGACCCGCUCAUCAUGGUCUUUGAGUACAUGAAGCACGGGGACCUCAACAAGUUCCUCAGGGCACAUGGGCCCGACGCCGUGCUGAUGGCCGAAGGCAACCCGCCGACGGAGCUGACGCAGUCGCAGAUGCUGCACAUAGCCCAGCAGAUCGCUGCGGGCAUGGUCUACCUGGCCUCCCAGCACUUCGUGCACCGCGACCUCGCCACCCGGAACUGCCUGGUCGGGGAGAACCUGCUGGUGAAAAUCGGGGACUUUGGGAUGUCCCGGGACGUGUACAGCACUGACUACUACCGGGUCGGUGGCCACACGAUGCUGCCCAUCCGAUGGAUGCCCCCAGAGAGCAUCAUGUACAGGAAGUUCACCACAGAGAGUGACGUCUGGAGCCUGGGGGUCGUGUUGUGGGAGAUCUUCACCUACGGCAAACAGCCCUGGUACCAGCUGUCCAACAACGAGGUGAUAGAAUGCAUCACUCAGGGCCGAGUCCUGCAGCGACCCCGCACGUGCCCCCAGGAGGUGUACGAGCUGAUGCUGGGGUGCUGGCAGCGGGAGCCCCACAUGAGGAAGAACAUCAAGGGCAUCCACACCCUCCUUCAGAACUUGGCCAAGGCUUCUCCGGUGUACCUGGAUAUUCUAGGCUAGGGCGCUUCCCCCAGACCGAUCCUUCCCGACGCACUCCUCAGACAGGCCGAGAGGAUGAACAUCUUUCAACUGCCGCUGGAAGCCCCGAGCUGCUCUCCUUCACUCUGACAAUGUCAGCAGCAGAGACAGCGAGAAGCUCUCAGAGGGAAGCAGUGUGUACUUGUCCAUCCGUAGACGCAGUGUUGACUUCUUUUUGGCAUUAUCUCUUUCUCUCUUUCCAUCUCCCUUGAUUUGUUCCUUUCUUUUCUUUUUCUUUCCUUUUGUCUUUUCUUGGUCUUCCCUGCUUCACAGUUCGUACCCUUUCUUUUCGAUCAAUCUGGCUUCUGCAUUACUAUUAACUCUGCAUAGACAAAGGCCUUAACAAACCUAAUUUGUUAUAUCAGCAGACACUUCGGUUUGCCCACCACAACUAACAAUGCCUUGUUGUAUUCCUGCCUUUGAUGUGGAUGAAAAAAAGGGAAAACAAAUAUUUGACUUAAACUUUGUCACUUCUGCUGUACAGACAUCGAGAGUUUCUAUGGAUUCACUUCUAUUUAUUUAUUAUUAUUACUGUUCUUAUUGUUUUUGGAUGGCUUAAGCCCGUGUGUGAAAAGGAAAACUUGUGUUCAAUCUGGGAAGCCUUUAUAUAUGGGAGAUUAAAACCAGAGAGAAAGAAGAUUUAUUCUAAACCGCUGUAUGGGAGGAACAAAGACAACCAUUGGGAUCAGCUGGCAUCAGUCCCUACUUGGGAACAGCCCAGCAACCGUUAGCUGGGAGGAAUGUAUUCGGCACCUUCCCCUGAGGACCUUUCUGAGGAGUAAAAAGACUGUUGAGCUCUGUGCCAUGGACUAUUCUUUGCCCAUCACCAGAAACACUAGCGUGCAGUAGAGAGAAAAGAUGGCUUCCGUGAGACACAAGAUGGCGCAUCAUAUGCCUAGACACAGUCUUGUCUUUGUAGGUCGAAACGAUAGCACUGGUUUGUUUUUCAAGUGUUAUCCACUGAUCCUUUGUCAAGUUCAGUCGAGGUGGAUUUUUGUCCAGAGAUCAUUUCAGGCUCAGGUGGGAAAGCCAAGGACUUGGAAAAGAUAGGACAAGCUACAAAUUCGGAGGCGAGUUUCUCUUCUAUUGAACUUUUCAGAUAGCACUUCCCUCCGACCCCUAACUUCUACUCCCACCAUCCUUUUAACUGUGCAAGCAAAAUUGUGCAUGGUCUUCGUGGAUUAAUGCCUUGUGUGCAGAAACUACCACUCCAGACACCGUGCCCCUGAUAGGUAAAGCAGACCCGUGAAAGGUAUGACUUAUACAAUUAGGGGAAGCUAAUGGAGUCGAUUAGCUGAGGAUAAACGUCUCUGCCUUGUAUGGUGGUGAUGGGUUUUAAUGAAUAUGGACCCUGAAACGUGGAUACCCUCAUCCACGUGGAACCCACAGGACUGUGGGGAGGGCAGAAUCAAUCCCUGAGGGAGGGGAAACCUCACCCUGAGGACAUCACAUGCGUUAAUGUUCAGUGUACACAGGUCAAGUCCCUUGCUCUGGGCUCUGGUUGGGAGAGUGGUUUCAUUCCAAGUGUACCCCACUGUCAGUACACUGUUUUGUUUUCUUCACUCCAUUAAAAAAGUCAAAAUAAAAUUUUAGCACGGCAUGCCAAUGGGAGGCUGUGCCCAGACUGAACACUGGAGGUGUGCUUCUGGGCAUAGUCAUUGGUUUUGCAAAAAGAGAGCGUAAAUUCAAAUAGAAAUUUACACUUAUUUGGAUGGUCAGAUAUACCAAGGAAGAAAAAUAUUUCUGUUCCUCAAGAAAACUUGCUACCCUCUGUGAGGGGAAUUUUGCUAAACUUGACAUCUUUGUAACAUGAGCCAGAUCGAAAGGGAGUGAUUUUAAUUCUUCUUAGGUCAUGUUAUUUCAUAUUUGUUUCUGAAGGUGCAAUAGCUCUGUUUUAGGUUUUGCUUAUGCCCGUUAAUUACUGGAACACCUUGUUUUCCAUUAUAGGCUUUGAAAGCCAGUUUUCAAAAAUUCAAAAGUGUAAAUUAACAGAGAACAAAAGGAAAUCCAGUAGCAUCUGUGGUCAAACGAGGAGGUUGGACAAUAUGAACCUUGCAGUCCCUUGAAGUUCUGCACUGGCCUAGGAGAGAUGGCGUUUGAGUUGUUUGUUCUUUUUGGCAGUGAAAGAAAACCCUCCGGAAUACACAUAAUAAUCUAACGAAAGCCAUAUCUCAAUGAUAUAUACGUGCACGUGUAUAUCCUAUUAAGGACCCACGGUACUGUUAAAACACUGUGGAACACCGUGAAGCAGGAAGGAAGGGGCAGAUUUGUACAAUCACUUUUCUAGAUUCCAUCAGCGAUGACCUGAAAACUGACCCAGGUUUGCUACCUGUGCAUGUCCGGCCAGAUGCUCUGGGAUCAGAAGCUGCAAGUUAUUUUAUUUUAAGAGAGCAAAGGAGGUACUACUUCAAGGGAUCAAAUUCAAGGAGGGCUGUGCAGUGUUAGGCAGAUGAGAAGAUGGGAGCAUCCCAUUCCAGUUGUAUGUUUUCCUCUGAAAGCAAAAAAAAAAAAAAAAAAAAUUCUCCUUACACCUUCCUACAAGUCCCUCAAGGUCUUGAAAGGUUCUAUGCAAGUGCAAAGUUUUAUAGUUAUUUAUAUUACUGAUUAUUAUUAUUUCCUCUGUUGUCUCAAGAGUAUGUGCUGACUUCAGAGACGUCUUGCAUUGAAAGAAUAUCGAUUGCUUUAAUGUAGCUGAACGAGCCACAGAAUAUCUUAAAAUACUUGUCACUGUUCCUCCAACACCCCUUUUCUCGUGGUCUAAUUUUUAGAACAGUAGCAUCCUCAUUCUAAAAUGUAAUGGUCACCAAAUACAGCCUGCCAUCAAAGAUGCUGAGAACUACAGCAGUAGCAGUGAUAAACCUGAUUCUCUAGCCCAGACCCAGCCUGAUAAUCAUUUCCAUUUACAAAUUUUUUAAUAGUUUUCCAAACACUUUUCACACGUGUUAGCAAAUUAUUCCUAUUUUUUUAUAGGUGAGGAAAUUGACACUCAAAGAAGCUCAGAUGCAUGCUAGAAGUCUCCAGCUUAGCUUCUGGUACCACUGGGACUUAAUCCAAGUACUCUGACUUUGAACUUCAUGAUUCUGUCCACUAGAAACUCUAAUAUUCAAAUGAGCAUUCAGGAAAGAAAGCAUGCUAACAAAUUCAUGGAGCAGGGUGUGAAGUUAGAAGAACAAAAGGAAAUACAUGAAAUGACAAGCAGCUGAGAUAUCGUGAUAUAUAAUCAUGCUCUUAGCUUCAGCUGAAUCCUUGUACACUGAACCAAUGUCAUAAUCAGGCUUAUUUAGAAAACACUUUGAACUAUGCUAUAAAAUAUUAUAUCAGAAUUCAUAUUAUACAUGUGUUCACAUCAGUGCUACCUGUGAUAUUUUCAUGUAUUUAUAUAUGUGUUAUAAAUACUUGAUUUAUACAUAUACAAAUGCACAUACAUAGUGUGUUUGUGUGUUUAUGUAUAAAUUUAUAGGCACACAAUAAUAGAGAUAAUUAUAAGUAGGGUGCAGUAUGAAUAAUUUGCUUAAAAUCUGCUAAAUAACCAAAACUUUGUAAUGUCAUGUUGCUGUUAGUGCUCCCAUUCUCCAUGUGGGUAGGACUACAUCACACUUUUCAACUCUGUGCAGUACUGCAUGGGUGGAAGGCAUAUUUAAGAUAAUGCGCUUCCCAAAACAACUGAAUAAAAGCCAUCCCACCACACUGAAUCCUUUCUCUGGUUCCUUGCAAAGGAAAAUGAGGACCGAAUUAGAUCACUUUAUGUAAGGGUCCAGGAAAGGAAAAUGGAUUUUCUGUUUUGUCUUUCUGCGCAUUUGUGUUAUGCUUACCUUGUCCUCAUCCCCCUGUGAUCCCUUUACACUUGUGUUCAGAGCCUAAGCAUUCCAGGUGUAAAUUGCAAUAUUGGGAGCCCAGUGUCUUGAAGGCCAAUAGUGAGAAGUCCAAGACCCCACAGCAAGAUGAGCUAGUCUUAGGGAUUCCCACAUCCGAGUAUGAAUGUACCAACCAAGAGUGGAGAAUGCUGUCCUUUGCAAAGCAUCGUGACAACAGGAUUUCCUGGUCAAGAAUGGACUUUUUAUCUUUAUUUUACCUUCCUGUUUGCAGAUUGGACAGGUUAUUUCACCAAUAAUGUUAAAUUAUAUCUAAUCAAAUCAAUGACUGUAUAUACACAGAUACCUUCAAUUCUGUUGCUCCCCUAGUUUUUUUUUCUUUUUUCCCUCUCCUGUUUGAGGACUUUUAUUUUCAAUGUUGACCUUUGGUUUGGCCAUAUAUCACUGUUACAUAAAAUCCCAUGAGAGGAAUGGCCAGUGACCCAACUCCCCAAAUGUCUAAGUUAGUUAGUUGUUAAAGCCGAUUCUUUACAAUGCUUAAUUGGAAUGUGGACACUCUGAGAUUGUGAUAGCUUGCACAUGAAUUUCAAAUAUUAUUCUAAAGAAUCAGGGGUGGGAGAGAUUUAUAGUUUAAAAUGACAGUGCAGGAAGGGGUAUUUUCUUGUUGUCAGGUCUGGAAUGAAUCACUGUUGCUCAAGUGAAAGGUUCUGGAAUAUCCUUAGUUUUUGCAUUUUUCCCCCUUCUUUUCCCUUAACCUUUAUUUAUUGAAUUAUGUAUUUAUUUAUUUAUUUAUCUAUAUUUGCUCCAUUCAUCACAAACACAAAGCAAAGCAAAAAAUAUAUAUAUGUAUGUAUAUGUGUUGCAGGCAAAACACUGUGAAUUUCACAACCACCACCAAGCAACUAUUUUGCCAUCUUAACAUAUGUCUCAGGAGAUGAAAUGGGAAAAGAUGGGGAUGUCAUUUUUCAGUCUAUGCGUUCGAGGCCAGGUCCAUGUUUAUUUUCUUUCUUUGGUCCAUGCAUUAAUGACAUGCAUUAAUGAAAAUGAUCCUGAGUGAAGGUUGGCUGAAUGUUCAACGUACUGGAGCAAGCAUAACAUACUGCUAGUAGCCAUGUGUUUGAAUAGGAAAAAAAAAAUUGGAGAAAAUGAAAUGUAAUGUCAAGGCCUACAUCUUGCAGCUUGUAUAUCUUACUAUUGCUUAAAAAAUGUAUAAAACAGCUGGAAAUGUUUUAAAUACAAGGUCUUUGAAUUAAAUGUGGAUUUUAAAAUAUGUAAUCCCUUGGCAAAUGAGCAAAUUAUGGUGAACUAUUGCUCCCUGUGUUCCUUGAUCAUUACCUAUGACUUACAAAUCUGCCUGGAGAUGUGGACACUCUGCAUUUGCUGCUGUAUCUGGAGAGAUGUUUGUAUAUAUCCGGGCCAUAUACACACACUUUCAAUAUCUCUCUGCAGGUAUAUUUCCCCUUCAAUAGUGACCUGGUAUUUGGAAUUCUCUAUCUUUUCAUCUGGUUUCUUUUCCUUUUAAUGUGACGUCUCUGUGCCAAUACUUACCGGUUCUUGUUUUGCAAUCUGUUUUGAGGUCCAUUGCUUUACUAAGACCCACUGCAUCUUGGCUGAUUUCAAAGUGACACCUGAAUACAGUGUUUAAAAAAAAAAAAAAAAAAGUUUUGUUUGUAAAUCAUGUGACCAGCUUCUCUCAACCUGACAUGGAAAGUCUCUUGUACUACAGUGUAUUUAAUAAAAAUGAUGUCUUACAAUAAAUAACAUCCUCCAAAAGAGAAACUAAAA